CGUAUAUAACGGCGGCAAAAGCCGUCGAAACGAGUUCGUUUUACUUUCAUUCUUCCUCCUCAUAAAACAACUCUUCGUUCCAACCCCUAUUAUCUUCUUGAAGCUCCCCUCUUUAUCGUAUCAUUGUUCGAACGACCUUUUUACUAAGUUAUCGUCCUACUCAAACCUUGAUACUACAAGAGAAACCAAAAGAAUAAUACCCUUCCCAACCCAUCCCGGAUACUAGGUAUAUAUCUAUUAGAUUAUCAUAUAUACCUCUCUACCCACUCUCGAUAUAUAUAUUUCUUUGCUGAACAUAUAUAUACUUGUUACCUCCCCUUUUUGAACGUAUCGCAAGAGAGCUCCGCCAUGUCCUACUACCCAGCCAACGACUUUUACGGUCCCGCCGCUGUGUCCGGUCACUAUGACGUUGCUCACCCCUCUUACGACUACCACCAGAGAACGGCCUCCCACCAAUACUCCAAGUCAUCCUCCUACGGCGCCUACCACAUCCCCCCACCACACCACGCUCAUUCCAGAUCUGUGAUGUACCAGUAUGGCGGCUAUACCAACUCGUACGAAACCUACCAGUACGACUUCCAACAACAGCUCCACCAACAGGAAGCUGCGGCGGCUGCCGCCGCUGUUACCGGUGGGGUCUCUGCCGUGUUGGACUACGACUUGGACCAGAUGUCCAGAUUCAUUUCUUGGAUUUCGUAUGGUUUAAUGAAGAAACACGACUCUCCAAGCAUCAGCUUCGAGAAUCUCGUUAAGUCUGUUUUGAGUGCUACUAGAUUACCCAAGUCUACCAUCAUGUUAUCCUUGAUGUACCUCAACCAAAGGUUCCCAUCGCAGGACGAAGACGAAGAACAAGAGUUUGCUGCUCCAGUGUACUCUGAAAACGAAGUCUUUGUCAAUUUGUGUAUUGCCUUUGUCUUGGGUAACAAGUUUAACGACGACAACACUUUCACCAACAAGUCUUGGGCCGAAGCCACCGGUUUGCCGAUCGCUUUGGUCAAUAAGGAAGAAAGAGACUGGUUGAUGAAGGUGUCCUGGAGUUUGAACAACACGUUUGGCUACGACACAUUAGACCAGUGCUGGUCUACCUGGUGUACUAAAUAUUGUACCCCGGUGGCACCAGUCCCGGCUUCUCUUAUUGCCUCUCCUGCUGCUUACGCCACUCCGGCUAUGGGCCACUCCGCCAUGAUGGCGGGCACCCCGGUCGCUGUGUCCUCUCCAGUCGACACCACCUCUCCAGUAAUGGAUCCUGGCUACCAAUACUACGAUUCUCCAGCCUCCAGCAACUACGACAACAGGCACUAUCAGUACCAGCAACAUCAACCGCAGUCAUACUAUCAAAGUAACAACUACGGUGGCUGGUACAAUGGUCAGGGUCAAGCUCAAAAGCCAGUCAACAUCUGGUCUUCAAACUACACCCCAGCCACCUCCCAUGCUGCUUCUAACUAUUACCAAGGUUACGCUGCUCCUCAGCAAAACUACGGCUGUAACUAUUCUAGUUACAACUAUGGUUUCACCGAAGGCAACAACUUCAGCUUGGGUACUGCCUGCUAAGAGCCUUUCUCGGAUAGCUUCACGUCUUCUUUGCUGUCUCCUUUUACUUGUCCCUCCCCCUUUUUACCCUCCUUUUAUUUAUUGCGAUUUUUAAUUGUUUUUGUCCUUCCCUCAAAAGUUUCAUCCUUCCUCCCCAUCCAAUCUUCCUACCAUCACCUCCAUGUGUGUUUUUUCUAUCCCUAUUUACCUUCUGUUUUCCCAUGUUUUUGUCUGCUUUCUACAGCAAAAAAAAGUUUAAAACCCUUUUUGUCCCACCAAAAAAAACCAUAAAAAUCUUCCA